CAAAUGUGAAUUUAAUGCUUGAUAGUGCAUAUUAAUACAAUUAGUUAGGAAGAGUUUUAAAAUUGGUUUUAACUUUUAACAAAGGCAAAAUUAAAACAUUUGUAAUAAUUUGAAAUGAGUAAAACACCUGUAUCCAUUUUACAAGAAAUGAUGGUAAAAGAACAUAUAGUGCCUAAAUAUGAACUUGUACACGAUGGAGGAGGUACACAUAUGAAUACUUUUAUAUAUCGAGUUACAUGUGGUAGUAUGUAUGCAAAUGGUACAGGACGUUCUAAAAAGGAUGCAAAACAUGAAGCUGCAAAAGCACUAUUGGAAAUUAUAGUAGCAAAUAGAAAUUAUCCACAGCUACCAGCAUCACCAGCACAAUCACCUGUAAGAACACCCUUACCUGCAACAGUUCCUGAAGUAGAGAGAAUACCACCAAAUGUACCAUUUGUUAAUGCUGUUGGUGUUCUACAAACUUUAUGUGUUGAAAAUGAUUUAGAAGAACCUAAGUAUGAAUUAAUUAGCGAUGUUGGACCCCCACAUGCAAAAGUUUUUACCAUUCAGUGUAAAGUGGCAACUUUUCAAGAAGUUGGUAUUGGUAAGACAAAAAAGCAAGCUAAGAAAGAAGCAGCAAAAAAAUUAUUAGAUAAAUUAACUGAUAUAAUUCCUGAUUUAAAUGAAAUGCAAUCUGAAACUGAACCAAUCAUGCUGGACAGUGGAAAUGAAUACUUAGAAGUUAUUAAAAAGUAUACUGCAAUUAAAAAAGUUAAGUUAGGUGUUAAAUUAUCAGAAUAUCAUACAGAAAUGCGGACUAACAUUAAUGACGAAAAGCGUAAGGACCUAAUAGAAAAAUUAACAUCUCUUGUUCAAGAAAGUUAUACGAUUUCUGAGGAAUGUGUAAAAGAUUUAUCUGAUAAAUUUGAAAAUAUUUUGUCAAUUAUAGAUUCAAGUAUGUCAAUUGUGCUUUUGCAGUCUAUAAGUUCAAAUAUUUACUCUGUAGCUGUAAAACUAAAUUCUACUCCUGAUAUUGUUGAAAUUGCAGUAGGAGACUCUAAAACAGGAGCUACAUUUCAUGCAUUAAUGAAAAUAAUUAAUACUAUGUUACAGCUUUUGAAAUAA